GUCUGACAGCCCAGUCCCACUCACCCUCUGAGGCUUGUUUUCUACGGGCAGAGCUCUGCUGCUGAGGCUGGGUAGCUGCAGCAUCUCUCAGAGCCGCUUACAGGCAGUUUCACUCACUGAAGCUAAGACGUUUUUUCAGAAGAUCAGCUAAGCUUCCAGGGAUCUCAUUUGAAGAGGGUGCAUAGCAAACAGAAUAUACCAUUCCCAUUAGGAUAGUGAUAAUGUCCUUGCUUUGACAAUAAUCUUCAGUGGUAAAGCAAGUUCGAUUCUCUUACAAGAAGACUGGCGACAGCUAUCAUUGCAUUAUUUACUGUUAUAUAUGGGAUUCUUCCCUGAAAACCCUGGAGAUGUCAUUUGUGUGGUCUGGUUGUAAAUAAUGAGAUAGACCACAAUGGAUUUCAGUACCUCAUCAGUGUUUGAUCAGCACAGAGGUGAUGCAGCAGAAGAGGGGGACUUGUCUCUGGUUUACCAAGCAGCAGCUAGUGGCGAUGUAAGCACACUAACUGCAGUGAUUCGAGAAGAUCCUUCCAUCCUGGAAUCCUGCGACAGCGAGGGUUGCACACCUUUGCUGCAUGCUGUGUCAGGACGCCAGGUUGAUACAGUGAAGCUUCUGUUGAAGAUGGGAGCCAAUAUUAAUACUCAAGAUGCUUGUGGACGUACCAGUUUAUGUCUGGCAACUUAUCUGGGCUGGCUGGAAGGCUGUAUCAGCCUGAUCAGAAAUGGUGCUAAGCAGAACAUACCUGACAAAAAUGGGAGGUUGCCACUGCAUGCUGCUACUGCAGAGCCUGAUGUGAGGCUUCUGAACGUGCUUCUGCAGAAGUCAAAUCUUCAUGAAAUCAAUCAUCAGGACAAUGAGGGAAUGACUUCACUCCACUGGGCUGCUUUCCACAACAGGCCCCAGCACGCCCAGACUCUGCUGCACAGGGGAGCAGACCUCACUCUGGUGGACAAAGACCUCAAAACAGCUCUGCACUGGGCAGUACAGAGUGGCAACAGGGUUCUGUGUUCCAUCAUUCUAGACCACUACCAGGGAUCAUCAAUAAUAAACUACGAUGAUGAGAAUGGCAAAACAUGUAUGCACAUUGCUGCUGCUUCAGGCUACAGUGAUAUUAUUAGUGAGCUGGCUAAAGUCCCGGGGUGCAACCUGCAGGCCCUUGAUGUGGAUGAAAGGACACCUUUGCACUGGGCUGCAGCAGCAGGGAAAGCUGACUGUGUGCAGACACUGCUAGAGCUGGGGAUAGAUAGCGACCCUCGAGACAUCAAUGAAAACACUCCUCUGAUAUAUGCAAUGUACUGUGGGCAUACAGCAUGCAUCAAUCUGCUGUCUCAGGAGAGCAGUAGAUCUGAGCCAGGUCAACAGUUUCCCUCCCAGAACAACAGACCCCCAAAGAAAGAAGGACGAUUCAGUAUACUGAACCAUAUCUUCUCUUUCAAAAAGAAUAAAAAUGAUCAAAAAAACAGUCAGAAGGAGAAAAGCAGAGACCGAAAUCCCAGAGAAGAGAGGUCAGAUGUAGAUGACAUCAUCACCACUUUUGAUUGCAUUAUGGACACAAACUGCAAAGAUAAGCGUGUGACCACUAUUGGCUUUAAAAGAAGGAACACAGACACAAAGUACCUCAUACCAGAAAAGAAGCAGCCAGAGUGUCAGGGACUUCUGCCCAUCAGAACCCAGAGCCUUCCCCCCAUCACUGUGGGCAAUUCCUUCCUAACUGCUUCCCGGAGCACAUCAACCUUCUCCUCCAGCACCAGCACCCAUCAAUUUGCACACGAGUCUCUGAAGAGGCAGAGUGAACACAACUUGCUGGACCCCAGAAGCAGCUGCCAGGCUUUGUUGGGUGAUCCCUGGAACACAGGCUCCAAUCAGCUAUUCUCCUACUCAGCCUGCACUAGAACUCCUUCAGACAAACUGAUAAAUGGCUUAAACUCUGGCAGAUCUCACCAUGUGCGUUUGUGCCCUCCCCACCUUCCCUCACUUCCCAGUUCUUCAUCAGGUAAAAAUUUUCAACAGAUUUUCACAGACCAACCCAAAAUACAAAAUAAUACUCCUGUACAGAACAGCCUAGCUCCCAUGCCCAACCACUGUGCUCACAAACGUAAGUACAGUCAAGUCUCAGUUACAGUAUCAUACUUGUGUGCCUCCAGCACUGGCAUCUGAGGGUUUUGAGAGAGGUUUCAUGUUCCUGUUUUCACAGCACCACAGAAUGGCUGAGGUUGGAAAGCACAUUUGGAGAUUGUCUAGUCCAACCUCCAUGUCCAUGGAGAAGUCACCUACAGCAGGCUGCUCAGGGUCGUAUCCACCUAUGUUUUAAAUAACUCUAAUGACGGGGACUACACAACUUCUCUGGAAAGCCUGUUCCAGUGUUUGAGCUCCUUUAGAGCAAAAAAUGUUUCUUCUUAGUUAUUUGCCCAUUGACUUGUUUCUUUUCAUAGAAUACUACUGAGAAGAGUCUGGCUCCCCCUUCUCAAGGCUGGACAGUCCCAGCUCUUUCAGUCACCCCUUUGAGGUUGGACACUCCAAUCCCUUAGUCAUCUCCACCACCCUUUGUUGGACUGCUGCUCCAGUAUGUCCAUGUCUCUCCUGUACUGGAGGUCCCAGAAUGGGACACAGCACUCCAGAUGUGCCUUAUCAAUACUGAGCAGAGGGAAAAGAUCACCUGCCACAAUCUGCUGGCAACGCUUUUUCUAAUGGAGACUGUUGGCUGUCUUUGCUGCAUGGCCACAUUGCUGGCUUAUGUUCAGCUCAUUGUCUAUCGGAACUCCCAGAUCCCUUUCUGACAAGCUCCUUUACAGCUGUUUGAUCUUCAGCAUAUAUUGGUGCAGAGACUUACUCCUCCCAAGGCGCAGGACUAUACGUUUCCCUUUAUAAGAGUCUUGUCCACCCACUUCUCCAGCCUGUGAAGACCACUCCUCCCAGUUUCACAUUAUUUGCAAAUUUGCAGGAGGUGCACUCUGCCCCAUCAUCCAAGUCACUAACGAGGGCAUUAAAUAGUAUUAGCCCCAGUAUCAGCUCCUGGGGUAUU